AUGAGCGCACAAUCAGCAAAUGCCCCACCGGCUACGGAUGCCACUUCCUACCUUGACCUGGGCAUCUCCCUUGCCGUCAACAACUGGCCCGCCCUCGCCCUCGCCGUCGAAUCGAACUGGGGCGGCCCCAAAUCCAACGAUAAGCGCGACUGGCUGUGCGGUGCCAUCUCUGAGAUGCUGGUCGAUCGACCCGAGACCGAUGCCGAAGACCUAGAGGAUGUCCUCAUUCAAGUGAUGAACGACGAAUUUGACGUCGUCGUGGACGACGAUACCGCCGCGGACGUGGCUAUUGAGAUCAUGGAAAUGAAGGUUCAGACUGCGCGCGGGGAUUUCUCAUAUAUCCGGGAUAUGUGGGAGAAGUUCCAGAUUAAGAGCCAGCAGAAAUCUGCUUCUUCAGCGAUGUUCAAGCAGGUUGAGUCUAAGGAUGAGGAUCAAGAGACGGACGGUGAUGAGAGUGAUGAUGGGGAGGAUGUUGAUAUGGACGAUGCUCCUGCCCUGGUGCGGGCCCCGAGAGAGAAGGCCGAGCCAGAGGUGGACGAUGAUGGAUUUACGAUGGUUAAGAAACGGUAA